AAAAUGUACCGGUGCAUGAAAAACGAUGUUUUUGCCUGCUGUGUCUCGCCUUUAACAAACAAUUUAUGCUGCUCGUAUCGCUGACAGCCGGGCCGACCCGGCACCGCCUUUUUUCUUCUUUUUUUUAAGCGGCCCCCCUCCCCACUUUUGGCAGCACCCCCUGAGCAAAAUGACUUCCCGCGGCUAUGCGCGUUGGAAACCGUUUUUGAAGCUUUCGAAGCUGUAGUGUGGACGGGCCGUUAGAGUAAGCUCUUUUCUCACAGGUUCCCUCAGGAACAUGUUACAGCAGCUAUACAGCAUCUCAGAGGUGUAACAGCAGACACUUUGGAGGUCUAUUUAUAGGGCACCCUAGAUUCCUUGGCACACGUUGUGAGUAUUUUAGUCCUGCUGCUUGUCAAGGCCCAUCUCAAAAGAUAGUGUUACUGUUGGCCUGGGCCAGGUCUAGUUCCUGCUCUUUCUAGAAUAUUCUAGGCUAGUUGCUAAGACCCAGCCAACUGCUCACUGUCCGAUCAGCAUGUCCCCCCCUCUCGUUUCCUUUUUCUCUCAGGCUGUACUAUAUGACUAAUUGAAAAUUAGCCAGAAUAAUAAUAAAAUAAUCCUUGCUCUUUGAUGUUCUGCAGUUGCAGGAUUAUGAAGUAAUCCUUCAGGGCUUUUCCUGGAAACAAGCGGCCAUUUUUACAUUCAGUGUUUCUUGCCAGCACACCAAACUGUGGAAUACAUAUCCUUCCUCAUUGAACAUUUCAAAACCCAAUCUUCUGAAUGAUUAAUAACCUAAUUCCUGCGUCCAGGUUAGCAUCAGCUUGCAGUCGUCUUCUUUCUCAACCUUUGCUGUGAAACGUUUACAAGAUGCGAUGGGAAGCAAUUUUACAAGUUAACAAUCAGAAUGUUGUUCCAUAGCAACUACUAAAGUACAAGAGAAGUUAACCCUUUUUUGUAUUGCAUAUGUGCCCAUGUGUGAGUACCUACUAAUGCUACAUGUUUUACUUUCUCUCCUUUUUAAAGAGUUCUCGCCUCCUGAGCUCCUCCAGAGACUACAGCAGCUCUGACAGUCGCUCCAGCAGCUGGAAGUUACCCUCCUCUCUGACGUCCUCCAGCAGAUCUUAUGAGCGCCCCUGGGCUGAAUCCUCUCUCAGCAGCAGGAGCAAACUGACUGAUCCUGAGCCCAGGUUGGGGAUGCGCUCCAGUCUGUUGAACGUCACUGAUGAUGGCGAUUCUAAAAGGGCAAAACUGUCGUACAGCAACAGAGGACUGUACACGAGAACUCCCAGCACCUCCGUUACAGGAUCCACUUAUUCCAGCACUGGGCUCAGCAGUGGGAGAGAGAAGGACACUUAUGAUUCAUCGUGGAGCUCGUGCCGUUUACUCUCACGGUCUUCCUCCUCCAAUCCCCUGUCCAGGAGAGAGCUAGAGACCAAGAAUGACCCCGUUCUCUCAAGUUUGGCGGAAAGAAGGAACAGGACCUCUGGAUUGACUUCCUCAUCGUAUCAAACAGACAGGAUGACCUCCACAUAUGCGCAGGGAGCUCGGCCUAAAGAGUCUACCUACACCCCCUCCUUCUCUUCCUCCUCCUACUCUUCCUCAGCUCGAGAAAGCACCCUGAAUAGCCACCUCUCAGCCUCCUCCCCCUACCGAUCUUCCCCUCUGUUGCGCGAAAGCACCAGAACCCCUUCCCGCUUCUUGAGCAGCUCAUCCACCCUCCGCUCAUCUCAAGAACCAACAAGAAACCCUGUCCCCUCCUCGAACACCACCUCCACCUCCUACUCCUCACACACCUCCAGGUUCACGACCCACCUGCCCAGACCAGAGGCCCCGCUCCCUGCCAGGCCGGUCCCGCUCCCUGCCAGACCGGCCCCUGAAGGUGUAGAGUCAGACAGCCGCAGCUCCACCCGACGCCUUCUGUCCCGCCUCUUUUCACGCCGCUCCAGCCAGGACUCUUCCAGCGGUUCCUCCAGUGUCCGCUCACUCGACGAUGACAGCCCGCCCACAGGUGGAGAGUCUGUGGACAGUGAGGAGGGGCCCAGGGUGUCCAGCGUGGAGCCUGCAGCUGGAGGCUCAGAGGGGGGCUUGGGGAGAAACCGCAGAGCAGACCUCGCCCCGAUCCAGGAAAACAACGAUCGCAGGGAACAGGCUCCGUCCAGAACGACGCAGUGGAGAGAGCCUGGUGUGGGCAGUAGUAACACCAGCAGCAGCGGGGGGGGAGGCAGCAGUUACUCCUGGCUCUCCUCCUCCCUCCGCGGCCGCUGCCCUCCCCUCAUCUCCCGCCUUAGGAGACAUACUCUGGGGCAAAAUGCUCACUCUGCUGCUGGCUCGGAAGAAGGCUACAGCCGUCCGCAGCACCUACUGAGAAGGUGGGACAAUCUUGAGCAUAAAGUAACACAGGAAGAUGAUGAUGAUGAGGAUGAAGAUGAUGAUGAGGAGGAGGAUGAAGAUGACGAGGAGGAGGAGGAGGAGGAUGAAGGAGCAGUUGGUUUGGAGGCCUUUAAUGCAGGUCGUCCCUGCAGACUCCAGGGUGAAACGUUACCUGAACUCGAGGACACAGCAGUCGAUGUUCCCCUACACCGCAGAGCGUACGACAACAUCUCGUCUCAUAUGGUAGCUCUGGGAGCUGAGAGCCAGAGGGAGAAACCCACCGCGGACCAGGAGAAGCUGCGAAAGAUCAAGGAGAG